CAGAGGCUGAAACUUCCCACCCGUGCUCCUCACCUAUUCCCCCUCCAACCACGCACACAUACUGUGAAUCCCGAAGAUAAUGGCGGAGCAGCCAAUCAAAUUCGGCAUACUGGGUUGUGCUGACAUAGCACGAAAAGUCUCUCGGGCAAUAAUCCUCUCUCCAAAUUCCAAUCUUUACGCCGUCGGCAGCCGAUCUUUGGAAAAAGCUGUCAAAUUCGCCAAGGAAAAUGGUUUCCCGGAAUCUGCUAAGGUGUAUGGAUCGUAUGAAGCAGUUUUGGAUGACCCAGAUGUGGAUGCUGUCUAUAUGCCUCUGCCCACCAGCCUGCACGUGAAAUGGGCGGUCCUGGCUGCCCAGAAGAAGAAGCAUUUGCUUUUGGAGAAGCCCGUGGCGCUGAACGUGAAGGAACUGGAUGUGAUUCUUGAGGCGGUCGAAUCCAGUGGGGUACAGUUUAUGGAUUCUACCAUGUGGAUGCAUAAUCCCAGGACUGCUGCAAUGAAAGAGUUCCUCUCCAAUUCGGAACUUUUUGGUGAACUCAAAUCAAUAAAUAGCUGCUUCACAUUUGCAGCUAAACAAGAUUUUCUGGAGAAUGACAUUCGUGUGAAGCCGGAUCUUGAUGCUCUCGGUGCUCUUGGUGAUGCCGGGUGGUAUUGCAUCCGAUCAAUUUUGUGGGCUUCCGAUUUCGAGCUGCCGAAAACAGUACUUGCAUUGCGUAACCCUGUUUUCAACAAGGCAGGAGUUAUUCUAGCAUGCAGCGCAUCUUUGUAUUGGGAAGAUGGGAAAGUAGCCACUUUCCACUGCUCUUUCUUGGCCAACUUGGCAAUGGACGUAACCGUUGUUGGAACAAAUGGCACAUUGCAUCUACAUGACUUCAUUAUUCCAUUUGAAGAGAAAAAGGCAUCAUUUUCGGUCUCUGUGAAAUCAGGAUUCACCGAGCUUGUGACUGGGUGGGAGCCUAAGCCGAGUGAGCACCAUGUGAUGACAGACCUCCCUCAAGAAGCCCUAAUGGUGAAGGAGUUUUCUAGACUGGUUGGAAGCAUUAAAUUUGAUGGUUCCAAACCUGAGAUUAAGUGGCCAACCCUUAGCAGGAAGACACAACAGGUUUUGGAUGCUGUCAAGCUGUCAAUUGAGAGAGGUUUUGAAAUUGUUGAGGUCUAGACUUAUAAUGCUUUCUAUCUUGCCGGGUCGGCCUUUUCCCUGCAUGGGAUUUGUGCUUGUCAUGUUUCAAAUUAAUUAUUGCCUUUUUAUUGUGUGAUUAAUGUUCGAUCAUAGUGUCUUGUAGAAAAAUUGUUUUUGUUUCCUGGUUGAGUUCCUGGUUUCUCUGAUUGGAAUAAAAGUGACACUAUGAUUGUGAAUA